UGUAGGCGUGUAUAGCAACACAUGAAGUGCAGUAAUGUGUGUGCGCAGGUCGGACUCGGAGUGCGCGCGCAGCGUUGCGCCGCACGUGCGCGUGCUGCGGCGCGUGGGCUUCCUGCGCGGCGCGGCGCUGAGCUCGCGGCCGCGCGCCCAGCGACUGGUGCUGCGCGGAUACCACGCGCUGGCGCUGGCCGCCACCUCCCUCUACGUGCUGCAGCAGGCAGUAUACGCGUACCAGGAAAGGGGCGACAUGGACAAACUGUCUCAAGUGAUGUUCCUGAUGCUGUGCCACGUGACGUGCGUCGUGAAGCAGAUCGCGUUCCACGUGGACGCGGACCGCAUCGACCGACUGAUCGCGUCGCUAGACGAGCCGCUGCUGAACCAGUGCGCGGGCGAGCGCGGCGCGCUGCUGCGAGGCACGGCGCGCGGCGCGGCGCGGCUGCUGCGCACGUACGCCGGCUGCGCGGUCGCUACUUGCGUGCUGUGGAUCGUCUUCCCCGUCAUCAAUAGAAUCCAAGGAAUCUCAUUCGAAUUCCCAUUUUGGACUGGUUUUAGUUACGACCACAACGCUGUGUUCACCUUGGUGCUGCUCCAAUCGUUCUACUGCACUAACUUGGUAGCCAUCGGCAACACGUCGAUGGAUGCAUUCAUGGCCACGAUUCUCGAUCAAUGUAAAACUCAACUGAGAAUACUGCGAAUAAAUUUUGAGUCGUUGCCUGAGAGAGCUAGAGCCUUGCAUGUGGAAUCCGGAGAAAAUUAUGACACGAUACUUGACAAAUUAUUCGUUGACUGCUUGGUGCACUACAACAAGAUAACCGAGAUGUGCACGGAGCUGCACGACGUGUUCGCUGUGCCGCUGCUCGUACAGUUCGGCGUGGGGGGCUGGAUUCUGUGCAUGGCCGCUUACAAGAUAGUCAGCCUCGACGUGCUCAGCAUCGAAUUUGCGUCCAUAACACUAUUCAUCACAUGUAUUCUUAUAGAGCUCUUCAUAUUCUGCUAUUACGGGAAUGAAGUCACAGUGGAGAGCGAGCGCGUGUCGCAGUCGCUGUACAGCAUGGAGUGGCGACGCGCGCGGCUGACGUUCCGGCGCUCGCUGGUGCUGGUGAUGGAGCGCGCCAAGCGGCCGCUGCGCCCCGCCGCCGGCCGCGUCAUCCCGCUCUCGCUCGACACCUUCGUCAAGAUUUUGAAAUCAUCGUACAGUUUUUAUGCAGUCCUGAGACAAACUAAGUAAACGGACGAAAAAAAGUAAUCAUGUAAUAUUAUCAUAAAUUGCAAAAAGUAAUUGUAUGUUUAUCUGUUACUAAUCUAUUAAAUCAUGUUUUAAAAUACUUUUGCCUUUCCUUAAAAAAAUACUGAAAUCUUGCUUACCACUUUACGUGGACUGGCUCAUGUGGCCCGGGAGCCGGGUAAGCGAGACGCUACUAACCGCACAUGUUCCUCUCAGUAAUGAUGUAAAUAUGCAAUAUAGUGUAGGUAUUUACAAAGACCAACUGAAUAUCAAAAUGAGGGGUAUCUAUGUCCCUGCCGGGGCUGCGGGAUUGUUCGAAAGAGUUACCGCGACCCUGGUACAUAAAAGGCCUACGACGGACUACUACUUCCUCACCACUGCUAAGCCACAGCGAGAGGGGUCAUUAUUUGAUGAUUUUUGGCGUCGUUAAAAAAAGGUGUUAUUAAUAUUUCUAUCUGUUAUUUUUGGCAAGGUUCUAAGUAAAUUAGUCACCCAUAGUUUAUCAGCACACAAUAAACACCUCUUCUUUCUCCUGCCCUGUUCCCAAUUUUACUUGGGUUUGGUCAUUCUCUUCCAUUUUCCCCUGUCACUCGUCAUACUGACACUCACUCCCUUCCUAUUCAUGUCAUCUUUCAGGCAAUCCAAUCAUCUUUUCUUAGGUCUUCCUCUUCCUCUCCAUCCAUCUACAUUCAUACUUAGCACACACUUUGUUGCAUCCCUCCUCAUUACAUGCCCAUACCUUGACAAUCUUCUACUUCUCAUCUUUUCUGUAACUGUCGCUACUUUCAGACUUCAUCUAAUGUAAGAACACAAUAAACACCAUACAACACAAACAACUAAUACUCUGAAAUAAAUCAAGAUCCACCACACCAAAUCGCCUGUGCUACACACCAUCAAUAUACACAUUACUAUACCGACGCAUCCCAGUGGAUGCUGUUUACACUGAUUUUAACAAAGCCAAACAAAGACAAAGUCGACCACUCUCUCUUACUCGGAAAACUUUAACUCUUUAGUGUAGGAGGUUCAAUGAUAGCUACAGCCUUUUUUAUCGUCCUACUUCUGGGCACAGGCCUCCUCUUACACAGAGAAGGAUUGAGCGUUAAUCACCAGGCUUGCAUAGUGCGGGUUGGUGAUUUCAGACUAUAUAGACAAGGUUUCCUAGAGAUGUUUUCCUUCACCUUUUUAUCAGCCAUGGGCGUCUAAAGUGGUUCAAAUAAUAUUUAGUUAAUAUAGCCAUUCAAUGGUUUCAAUAAAUGAGCAUCUUUCUCACCCCUGUUUAGAAAGUUCCGGAGUACCGCUAGGUUCCCCCUUAGGACCUAUUAUACUUUUUAAUAUGUAUUUUAAAUGUCAUAAGAUCAUGUUUCAAAUUAUCAAAAUUUUAUUUAUUAUUGAUGAUGUUAACAAAGCUGUUGCUUUACUGACGGUUUUUUUUUGUAUUAAUAUAAAUUCCUUAAACCGCCCGCGGAAAAGUGUUAAAUAAAUUACACUAGACACAUUUCGUAGGAAA